CUUCAAAAGCAAAUUUGCGUAAAGAGACUCUAUAUAUUACCAUUUUCAGUAUGGUUAAGGAAGAUCAUAUAAUUAAGUCUAAUGCUGAUGAAGACUGUGUCUUUCAGGAGAAUAAAAAGGUAGGCGAUCUGAAACAUGUAAAAGGAGAGGACUACAACAGUUCAAAGCCUUCCUCAUCCAAUGAAAAUGAAUUGGGUAUCGACAAACAGGAUGAUGAGCUGAAAUCAGCUAAAGCUGAGAUGGGAGAGGUUAGAGAAGAAAAUGAAAGGUUGAAACAGACAUUAUCCCACAUCAUGAAGGAAUACCAAUCUCUGAAAAUGCAUUUUCAAGGCAUUUUUCAACAACAAGAAGUUAAGAAAUCCACAAACAGUACUGGUCCUAUCCACCAAGACAAUGAAGAUCAGUUUGAACUGACUGUCGCGCUCAGCCUUGGAAGAGCUUCAAGUGAGCCUAAGAAGGAUGAUAAGAAGGCUAGUACUAAUUCAAGCAAAGAUAGAGAGGAUGAUAAAUUUGACAAUGGACUAGAGCUAGGGUUGGACUUCAAAUUUGAUCCGAAUGCAACUGAGUUUACGAAGAAUCCAAGCCCGGAAAAUAGCUUGGAGACAUGGCCACCUAGUAAAAGUUUAAAGACAGUGAGAAGUGGAGAAGAUGAUGUUCCACAGGAUAACCCUAUGAAGAAAGCCAGGGUUUCUAUUAGAGCUAUAUGCGAAACACCUACGAUGGAUGACGGAUGCCAAUGGAGGAAAUAUGGACAGAAAAUAGCGAAAGGAAAUCCAUGCCCACGAGCUUACUUCCGGUGCACAUUGUCACCGUCAUGCCCAGUCAGAAAACAGGUGCAAAGAUGUGUUGAGGACAUGUCCAUUCUGGUCACCACUUAUGAAGGAACUCACAACCACCCACUUCCCAUAUCAGCCACAACAAUGGCCUCCACCACAUCUGCAGCUGUUUCCAUGCUAAAGUCUGCCUCAUCAACCUCACAACCUGGCCUUGGAGCUUCAGCUACCUCCACCACCUCCUCCGCCACCAAACUCCACGGACUCAACUUCUCUCUCCCCAACAAUUCAAGACCACAGCCAUUCUAUUUCCCCAACUCCACAAUCUCAACCACUCAGUCACACCCAACCAUCACACUUGACCUCACUGCACCACCACCCACCUCCUCUCACUACUUCAACAGAUCACUAACUUCAAACUAUGCUUCUGCACCAAGAUAUUGCUCAACAAAUUUCAAUUUCUCUUCUUCAUCUUCUUCUUCCACAGACUCAAACACCUUACAAACAUCUUUGGCCAAUAGUAAUUACCUUAGUAAUUCUGGAACAAUAUUGUCCAAUAACAAAAGCCACAUUGUUGGCUCUUCAUUUAUUGGAAGACAACCAUCUCAUGAUCAACCUAAUUAUAUGCCAAAGAUCAAUCAAACUCCUCAUCAACAACCUUUGACAGGCACAGUUGCUGCAGCAACAAAGGCAAUCACAUCUGACCCAAAUUUUCAAUCAGCAUUAGCAGCUGCAAUUACCUCAUUUGUUGGCAAAGUAGGUGCCAAGGGAGUCCAAGAAAGUCAUGGAGGAGGAGUGAUCAAUUCUAGUGGGAAUGUGAAAUGGGGUGAGUCCUUUCCGACGAAUCAGACCUACCCGGCUGCACAUAAUGGAAUAGGGUGUGCCACGAGCUACUUGAACAGAUUUCCGUCUUCGAAUUCUCAACAAGGGAGCUUAACAUUGUUUCCAACUUCAUUGCCAUUCAUGACUUCAUCAAACAGUCCUGUGUCUCCUGCUGAUAAGGGUACUGCUGACCAUAUCAAGUGAUGGGCGGUGGUUCAGUAGGACUUGUGCAUGCCAAGAUGUCAAAGCUUGCUUGAACAAUUACGUACCAACCCUACUCCAAACUUUUACAAAUUUUCCUUUUUCCUUUUUCUUUUUCUGGUUAGAACUUUGUACAAUGAAUUAGGGAUUUAAUUAAACUAUGUUUCAUAGUGAAUAUUUGCAAAGUUUUUUUUUUGGUAUUGCAUUCACAGACUUUCUAUUCACAUAUAGAUCCCUGUGCAUGUGAGAAAUUAAGAAUUAUGAAUGCAAUUUAAAUAAGA